CGACAUCCACAUCAACGACAUCCACAUCAACGACAGACAGCAAGAAAGAAACAAGUCAAGCAGAAGAUCCAACAUAAGCCGCGAUAACAAAAACGACAAGAAUAAAUAAGAGAAAUGCCCCCGGAAAACCUCUACGGCCUCCCCCGCACCGCCACCAAAGCCGACUCCGACAAGAACAAGAACAAGACCAACACACCAUCCUCCUCAACCCUAGCCUUCACCACAAAACUCAGCUCCUUGAUCUCCUCUCCAUCCCAGUCACAAUCAAACCAACACACAACCGGGCGCCCCCGCCCCCGCCCCCGCACCACCAACAAAGACGACAAAGAUGACAUCUUCGCGCGCCCCAACCGAGGCACAGCCGAACGCGCCGCAGCAGACGAACACGGACUCAACGAGCGAGGCAAAAAGCGAUCUGCGCUCGAACAGGUCCAUAGCACAGACAGCGGCGUUGUCGACGAAGCGCUCCUCGAACGCUCGAAGCGACGACUGAGGGAGAAAGAGGGGCUGUAUGAGAUUCUGAAGGAGGGGAGGCAUCUUGUUUAUUCUGAUGAUGAGGAUGAUUCUUCUGGGCAAGAUGAGGGAGAGGGGAAUGGGAAUGACGGGGAGAGGAAGAAGAGGAGGGAGUUGAGGAGGUUGGCGAGGAAGGAACGCGAGGGGUUAGUUGAUUUCGAUGCGAAGUGGGCUCGUUCUACGUCCCCUUCUUCUUCGAAGGGAUCUUCAUCGUCAAAGGCGCAGGAGGAGGAGGAGGAGGAGGAGGAGGAAGAGGAAGAUGAUGAUAAUGCAAGCAUAAUCUCCUACGAAGACGAACUAGGCCGCACCCGCCGCGGAACCCGCAAGCAAGCCUCCCGCGCAGCAGCUGCCACCAUCGCCUCCACCAAGUCCAACCCAUCCCACCCCGACGAACGCUGGAAACCCGCCCAACCCGCGAACCUUAUCCACGGCAGCACGAUCCAAACGCAGGCUUUCGACCCGGACGCACCGACGGCAUCGCACAUGGCGCGGUUGGCGGCUAGACGAGACCGGUCUGCGACGCCGCCGGAGGAAACGCACUAUGAUGCUGGUGGUGAGGUGCGUGCGCGGGGGACGGGGUUUUAUGCGUUUUCGAGGGAUGAGGGGGUUAGGAGGGGGCAGAUGGAGGAACUUAUGAAAGGGAGGGAGGAGACGGAGAGGGGGAGGGAGGAGAGGAAGGCGAGGAGGGAGAGGAGGGGGGUGAGAAGGGAGGAGAGGGGGAGGAAGAUUGAGGAGUUGAGGGGGAGGAGGAGGGCGGAGGUUUUUUUGGAGGGUUUGGGCUGA